GUUCCUUGUUUAGUGAAACCUCACAAUAACACACAUCUGAAGAUGCAGGUGUGUAUAAUGACUAUAGUAAUGAUGUGAUUUCAAUCUUUGGAGAAUAAAUGAAUAUUUCUUGGUUUAAUAUUUUAGUUUAUUUCUGGGCAUCUGGAAUAACGUACAUUCGUCACGCAGGCUGGUGGCGCUGUUAGGUAGAAUGUUUGUCCUCUCUCUAUCCGAAGGAGCGACGUAUCACUGUACGAAGUAUAAUCAACGCUCCUGCCAUCGUGAUAUGUUUGUGACUUACCAUUACAGUGGACACAAGGACAGCGAAGAUGGGGCAAGUGAAGAUGUUGGAUAUAACAUUCAUUCUUAAGCUACUACGAGAAUGCAAAAGAAACCUACAUAGAGGAGUUUAAAUUAUCUUCUGGAGGACUUAAGGUCAAGUGGGUCGACGUAAGAGAACAAGUCUUCAUGCCAGGAAUUGUGUUGUUUAACAGACGAUGGUCCGUUGGAUCUGAUGACUUCGUCUUGCCAGCCAUCUUUCUUCUACUCCUUCACACUGUCUGGUUGAUAGUCCUGUCCGUCAUUUUAACGGUGGUGGACUUUGGUCAGUGGUCUCAAUGCAUGAUCGACCUGUACGAACAUGUCUUAGGCUACAUCGUCAUUCUGACUGGAUGUAUCAUUGUGGAAGGGUUCAUUUCGUGGAUCAGCAUGAGAGGCACCAUACUGGACAACAGACCUCGAGUGUCCAUGCAGUACUUGCUUUACGUACGGUUAGGUAUUUUAUUGGUGGAAGUGGCAUGGUUAAUCGUUGGAGUUGUCUGGAUCAGUCGUCAUUACCACACCUGUCCAAUGAAUCUCGCUAAAGAAGCCAUUUUAGGUAUCGUGAUCUGUAACUGGUGUGUUCUGCUGAGUGUCGUUAUCACAAUCUGGUGUACGUUUGAUGCAGCUGGUAGAUCUUGGGUAAAAAUGAAGAGGUACCAAAGAAGUCUUCGAGAGGACAGAUCCAAGUAUAGAUACAAGCGAUCAGGUAGCUCUCAUCGCAACUGGAGACACAGGAAGGCAACGAGAGAGUAUCAGGACAGUUGGAACAGGAGGUGUAGGUUAUUGUUCUGCUGCAUGGGACGGACAGACAGACAUCAGAAUUCUUUUGCAGAAAUAGCCAAACUUCUGUCUGAGUUUUUCCGGGAUCUGGAUGUUGUUCCUUCUGACGUUGUGGCAGGACUAGUCCUCUUACGGAAGUACCAGAGGAUGGAGAGGCAAGCAAUUGUUAAAGAGAGGACUAAUGAAACCUAUCAGUUCUUGUCUGGCGUUCCCAUCACACCUAAAACCAAGUUUCUUGAUAUAAAUCAUCCGUUAAUUGUAGACGAGAUACACACAAUCACUCACUACCUACAUUACGCCUUGGCUGUCUAUGGAUGGCCGAUGUUCAUGAUGGUUCAUAGCGGAACUUGCUGUUGCAAGCUUUUCCCGUAUCUCAGGUGCUGUUGUAUUCCCGGUAGAGAGAAAUCUAAACGAGAUAGAGCUACUAUAGUUGAAGACAACUGUUGUUACUGUAACUACGCUGCCCUCCAGAAAAUGUGCCUCCAUCACAAUAUGGAGAUAAUUUACGUCACUUACCACGUGGAGGUUGGUGAAACGCCAUUUUUGGUGGCCUUAGACCACGAGAGGAGAACUGUGGUCGUGUCCAUUCGAGGAACAAUCUCUUUACAGGAUGUCAUCACUGACCUUAAUGCAGAUGGUGAGCAACUACCGACAGAUCCCGCACACGAAGAUUGGUUAGGACAUAAGGUUGGCCAUUGUUAUUUACGUAGCUUUAUAUAUAUAUCUAUAUAUAUAGCAGACUUCCAACUCCAGUUAAGAAGCUGCUAGAAGAUUCCCAUGCUCUAACAAUUUUGAAGAAUAAAGAGCUUUUAAUUUCAAUAAAAUAUGUCUGUGGUCUAUUAUAGGCGUGCUUAGUGCCAGAUAAUUUAAAUAAAUAGGAAAAAUAGGUAAAUAAUUGUCGUUGUUUGGCUUGAUAUGUCAUAGUCACUGAUUUUUUUCCUUAUGUAGAAUAUCAAAGUCACGUUUUCAAAUACCAUACAUGAUUCGUUGCUUAUGAUUGUGUGUGCUAAAGCAUAAGAAGCUAUUUCGAUUGGAAAAGUUAUGUACUUACAUGUACACUUCAACGUGAAGGUAGAGAAGGUGUAAAGCUUCCAGGAUUGUUGUUCUCCUUAAUUCAAAGGUUAUAAACAAAUAUAAGUAUAUAAUCAGUAAGAACGAAAAACAAAGUUAGAAUUUUCACCUUGAAUGGAAUAAACGGUCAAGUCAAAAAUCCCUAGAGUUUGUUUUGUUUUG